CGAGCCAGGCGUUGGCGCCCGGUCUCGCCCCCCGGGGCCCUCGCAGAGCGCUCCAGCUCGACAAGCGGCGCAGGAGGAUGUGGUCCGGGCCUCUGGCCGUGAUUUUGUGCCCUCACAUCCUGGGGCCCAUCGUCAGCGAUUUUCGCUGGCCAACCUCGCUCGAAAAACGUCAACCUGGCCUUCCAAGGCCCUUGCAUCCUUACUGCGCAUCCUUCUGACACGGGUUGACUAUACGAUGCUUCCAUUUUGACGCGCCGUCCGAUCUCGGGGUCGGCGGGCGCCUUCGGCAGCAUCGCCCUCGUCGCCUGCGGUGUCCGCCGGGGCGGCGCCUGCGUUCUCGGGCGGCUGGUAUGUGGACUGCUCGGCGUCCGCAGACUUCGUCGAGGCUUACGAGCGGCGGCCUGAGGAGGCGCUGCGAGACUGGACGUGUGGGGGACUGGACGCAGCUGUUCUCAGGGAGAGGAGGACUAUUGCUUGCAUCGGUGACUCAACGACGCACGGCCUCAACGUUUCCAGGGGCGAAGAGUACCCGUCGGUUCUCUACCGUCUCCUCCACAAGCAGUUCAAUGUGAUCAACCUCGGCGUUUCAGGCUCGACUGCCAGGCACGAUGAUAAUCGUUCUUAUUGGGAGUUUCCGCAGUGGUCCAUUGCUGCGGAAGCCCGAAUUGACAUCGCAGUUGUCAUGCUCGGGCUCAAUGACGCAUACCAUUUGGGCUGGGCACGGGAAGAGUACGAGAGGGACUAUCUCAAGAUGGUCCAAGAGAUAUUGCGACUGCAUUCCAAUGCCACCAUCUUUGUCGCAGUGCCGCCUCAAGGUGCGUACGCCUUUCACCACGACAAGGUCCGUGGAGGAGACGGGGCACUGAAGCUAACUCGGCGGUCGCUCGCUCAUGCAGUCGAGAAGGUGCGGAGUGAAGCCCACCUCGAGACUCCAGCCAUCAAUUUCUUUGAUGCUUUCGCAUGGGCCGCCGGCUUGAAGCCCAACGUUGUAGUGAAGCAUCCGGGCCCGAGCAUUUCAGCUGAUGAACUGUACCUGGAGGACGGCGUCCAUCCUUCGGCCGUUGGCUACGGUGCGAUGGCUGCGGCAGCUGCUGCCGCCAUCUCCAAGGAUGCCAUGUCUCCCCGCAGCUUCUGCCUCAGGUGUGAGUCCUCGGCGCACCCAGAUCUGUGCAAGGCGUUCUGCAACAAGACCGGCGAGGCCGCAAGCUGACACUUGACGCGUCGCACCCUCACUGAAGGCGUCGCCGCAUCGCAGGCGGCGGUUCUUCUGGCGGCGGCGGUGACGCCAACGGCGAAUCACCUCCGCCCUCUGUUUUCUGGAAUCGCCCAUGUGGCCGAGCGUUGUGGUACGAGCUCUGCCAAGCUAUCAGACCAUGUGUUACCCUAGCCGUUGUGGAAACCCUUCGAACACUUGGAGGAGGAUGGCGUGGAAGAUCAUAAGGAGGCAGCCAUACAGACAGACAGUCAGACAUACACGUCCACGCAUGCGCCGGUGCUGCUUUCCACGCGUGCGGCCCAGGCCAGGCAGCCUCGUCUCGGAGGCGACGAUGGGGCCGUGGCCGCCCGCGGGGGCGCCGAGCGUCGGUCAGAGCUAGCUUGAGACAUCUCGAACACUCCUCCUCCUCCUCCUCCUCCUCCUCCUCCUCCUCCUCCUCCUCCUCCUCCUCCUCCUCCUCCUCCUCCUCCUCCUCCCCCUCCCCCCCCCCCCUCCUCCUCCUCCUAGCUGGUCACUCAAGUGCCUUCCGGGAUGAUUUCUGCUCGAGUAGUUGUGUGGCUUUGCCGCCCAGGGCAGCCGCAUCUUUCGCGCAGCAAUUUUUCCGGCGGCUUGCAGCCCAGGGCUGCAGCUCAUGUACAGCGCCGGCGCCGCUGCAUCCCAGACAUGCACACAUACAUACAUGUUU